CUAACGUUACACAAACUGAUCUACGUAGAAAACAUUCAAUACAAUAGCCCACAAAUAUGGCCACAAAAGUUCCCGAUUGCGUCGACUGGCAAAAAACAAUCGCCUAUUGAUAUAAAUACAGACAACUGUUUGGUGGUGAAGGGGGACACCUCUGGACAAAAUGCUCUGAAAAUUAUUUACCCGAAAACCUUCCCUGAUAUUUCGGUUCAGAAUACAGGCUAUGGUUGGAAAGUAGAUAUUCCCGAAGAGUUGGCUAUAAAGACUGGUGGUCCAUUGGCACACAGCUAUCGUUUGACACAAUUUCACUGCCAUUGGGGUAAAGAUUGUUGUGUGGGUUCGGAGCACACCGUCAAUGGCCGGAGCUAUGCAGCAGAGUUACAUUUCGUCCACUGGAAUACCGAGCUAUUCAGCACCGCAUUGGAGGCAAUGCCCAGUAGUAAUGGUUUAGCCGUUUUGGGAGUAUUUCUCGAUGUGGGCAACGAGAGGAACGAGGAGUUGGAUCGCCUCCUAACCAACAUAUGUUUAGUCAAAUAUAAGGGCGAGAAAUGCAAAAUCGCACACAACGUGGACGUCGAGAAACUAUUGCCGGAGAAUAAGUCCUAUUAUACUUAUUCCGGCUCAUUGACAACACCACCACUUUGGGAGUCCGUCACAUGGGUUGUCUUCUCAACUCCAAUCCUAUGCACAGCCGAUCAGAUCGCAAAAUUUCGAGACAUGUGUUACGUAAGUCGUGAUCAGAGCCUUAUGGGGGGAGAACUUCUUGAAAACUAUCGUUUGCCACAACCAAUCAAUGAUAGGACCGUCACUUUUGUCGACAUUUAGAUUUGACAACAAGUGAUCAAACUCGAAGAUUUCUCAAAUUAGAUUUACUGGUUUUACUAACAAUAAUAAAUUUAUUUUUUAGACAUUACAGCAAAUAUUUUUCAAAUAGUUCAAUUUCAAUUAGGAACAUAAUUAACAAACACAAAAUAAUUAAAAUUCUAUGUUUAAUUAGAAUUUCAAUGGAAUUUGAAACAGAAUCUAUAAUUAAGUAUAAUGCUGAUCCACUUUUUCAACAUAAUGUUCAAGUUAUGCGAAACUAGUAAUUACUUUUAAAAAGUAAAUUCAAGAC